AUGUCUACCUUCCCCAUCGACCUCAAGAAGUUCAAGAAGUUGGUGCUCGUUGUUGUGUCUGGUGGAGUUAGCUCAUCCGCCCUCAGGGUCAAGCUCGAUGCCUCCAAGUCGCAGCUGACUGCCGAGCAAAAGGCGGAUCUUUUGGCUAACAUCCAGCUUUUGCGCGAUGCAAUCGUCCUUUUCACUGCUACUGGAGCGGCAAGGGGCGUUAGUGGACAUACCGGUGGCUCGUUCGAUACUGUUCCGGAAGUUGCGAUCCUUCUUGCGCUGUUCGAGGCAGACGCAGAGAAGUACGUGCCCAUAGUCUUCGAUGAAGCAGGCAUGUCUAUUCUGAGCACUUCUCUUCAAAUCAACUUUCCACUUACUUUCUCGUUAGGCCACCGCGUUGCGACCCAAUACAUCCUUGCUGCCCUGGAAGGGGCAAUCCCUGCCGAACAACUUUUGCACUACCGUGAAGCAAACUCGAAGCUUCCAGGCCAUCCGGAACUCGGUCUCACUCCCGGCGUGAAGUUUUCAUCGGGUCGUCUAGGCCACAUGUGGCCAUUGGUCAAUGGUGUGGCCCUGGCUAACCGUGGCAAGACCGUCUUCUGCCUGGGCUCCGAUGGCUCACAGCAAGAGGGUAAUGAUGCGGAAGCGGCACGGCUUGCCGUUGCUCAAGGUCUCAACGUCAAGCUACUCAUCGAUGAUAACGACGUUACAAUCUCCGGUCACCCAUCCGAAUAUCUCAAGGGUUACGAUGUCACGAAGACACUUGAGGGCCACGGUCUGAAGGUUCUCACCGUUGACGGAGAGGACAUCGACGCACUAUGGGGUGCGAUUAGUGCCAUUAUCACCCACCCGGGACCAGCCGCUGUUGUCGCCAAACGUCUCAUGGCGCCUGGUAUUGAGGACAUCGAAGGAAGUUCGCAUGGCCACGACGUGAUUCCGGUCAAGUCUGCCAUCAAGUACCUCCUCUCCCGUGGUUACCCCGACUUCACCGAACUAUACGCUGGUAUGAAAGGCGUCGCAAACCAGUACGCUCAUGUCGGUUCCACCAGCGAACUUGGUGCAAACCGUGUUGUCUUUGGUGAAGCGGUCAACCUGGUCCUGGAUGAGCUGAGUAAAGAGGAAGCCGCUGAAAAAGUCAUGGUCAUCGACAGUGAUCUUGAGGGUUCAACGGGCUUGAAGGUCAUCCACCAGAAACACCCUGAAGUGUUCAUUCCCUCUGGCAUCAUGGAGCGCGGAAACUUGAGUGCUGCCGCUGGCUUCGGUUUCGACCACAACAAGUUUGGUGUCUUCUCGACUUUCUCCGCAUUUUUGGAGAUGCUGAUAUCCGAAAUCACAAUGGCACGUUUGAACGAGUGUAAUCUUUUGUGCCACUUCUCUCACUCCGGUGUCGACGAGGCGGACAACACCUGCCAUUUCGGUAUCAACUCCUUCUUCGCCGACAACGGUUUAUCUGACACCAAAUCUUACCUUUACUUCCCUGCCGACGCACUCCAGAUGGUCGCCGUAGUUAAGCGUGUCUUCUUUGACCGCGGUCUUCGCUUCGUGUUCUCCACGCGUUCCAAGGUACCAUACAUCUUGAAGGAGGAUGGCAAGACCAAGUUCUUCGGUGAUGGAUAUGAAUUCAUCCCCGGAAAAGACGAAGUCAUCCUUGAGGGCAAGGCUGGUUAUGUUGUGUCGUUUGGAGAGAUGCUUUAUCGUGCAUACGACGCAGUUCUUCGAGCCCGAGAGGCGGGUAUCGAUGUGGGGCUGAUCAACAAGCCUUCUCUGCACUCCAUAGAUGAAGAGGUCAUCACCAAGAUUGGCAAGAGCCCCUUCGUGCUCAUCGUUGAAUCCUUCAACCAAAAGACUGGUCUUGGCUCCAAAUACGGCACUUAUCUCCUGGAGCGCGGACUAUCCCCACGUUAUGCGUAUAUGGGAACCACUAAGGAGGGUUCUGGCGGUCUGUGGGAACAAAUUCCCUAUCAGGGAUUGGAUCCCCAAUUCGAAAUCAUGGCUCCAGGAGCAACAGCCCGCUCCUCGUUUGUCACGACUCCUCUGGAGAAGGAUCCGUACCAGUAUCAAGUUGGCUUCGGCAACCGAUUCGCCAGUGAAGCUGUCCCGGGAGUACUUCCUGAAGGCCAGAACUCGCCACAGAAAGUCAAGUAUGAUUUGUAUGCGGAAGGGAUGACUGGAGCAUCUUUUGUUGCACCUCGAGCAGAGAACAUGAGCGUAUGGCUCUAUCGGAUCCGACCGUCAGUUGCGCAUCAAGGCUUUACCCGACUUCCCGAUAAUCCUGAUCUCGAAUCCAACUUUUUUCCUCUCAACCCGCAAGUCCAUGUUUCUCCAACACAGCUUGCCUGGCACCCAUUUGACCUCCCACCUGACUCGGCCUCGGUAGACUUUGUUGAUGGGCUCAAGACACUUGCAGGAAAUGGCGACCCAACGUUGAAGGAGGGGCUGGCUGUGCAUGUCUAUGUUGCCAAUGCCUCCAUGGGGAACAGGGCAUUCUGCAAUAACGAUGGAGAUAUGUUGAUUCUACCCCAGCAAGGGCGUCUUGACAUUCAGACGGAAUUCGGCAAGAUUAUGGUGCGAUCCGGCGAACUUGUCGUGAUUCAGCGCGGAAUGAAAUUCAAAGUGCAAUUGCCUGAUGGCCCUUCCCGUGGAUACAUUCAAGAACUAUUCGGAAGUCACUGGCAGCUUCCAGAACUUGGACCUCUCGGUGGUUAUGGUCUUGCGAAUAUACGCGACUUUGAGCAUCCUAUCGCUCAUUUUGACAUUGAUCAGAGCUCGUGGACGAUCACAUACAAAGUCUGUGGACAGCUCUUCGCUUGCAACCAAGAACACACACCAUUCGAUGUCGUUGCUUGGCACGGAAACUAUGUUCCGUACAAAUACGCACUGGAAAAAUUCGUCAAUGUCGGCAGCAUUUCCAAAGACCACAUCGACCCCUCUAUCUUUUGUGUGCUCACAGCCAAGUCGAAACAAGCUGGUGUUCCCCUCGCAGAUUUCCUGAUCUUCAGUCCGAGGUGGGAUGUUGCUUCGAACACGUUCCGUCCGCCGUAUUACCACCGCAAUUCGUCGACCGAGUUUAUGGGCCUGCUUUACGGUAUCUACGGCGGUAGAAGUGAUGGGUUCCAGCCUGGGGGAGCCAGCUAUGAGACUGGGUUCUGCCCACACGGAGGCAAGCCAUCCCUGUUGUCUCUGUCUCUCGCUUAUCCGAUGCGCAUCCAUGAAGGGACUAUCGCCUUUAUGUUCGAGUCGUCGAUGCCAUGGACAAUCACCGACUUUGCGAUGAAGCGUUCAGGAAAACUGCAUGAGCAUGAGCCCAGGAUGUGGGACAAUCUGAAAGCUCAUUUCAUGUUGCACAUCGACCAAGUGAAUGCCGAUUUAAAGAAGGCGGGGCUGCCUGAUUUGAACGGGGACUAG